AUGGCCGAACUCAGCCAGGAUGCCUCAGACCCAGUCAGCAUAUACAUAUCCGCAGACACCUUCCACAUGGUACACCUGCUGUGUGUGACCUUAUAGCUGCAUUGCGUCCUUCCUUCCUCUGCAGGGGAAAAUUGUCUCCCAGCCUUUCCGUCUCCGAGGAGGACGAGGACCUAGGAGAGGUGUCAUCUCACCUGCAGAAAGACCUGAAUAAAAGACUGGGCAAAGACACCAAAAGGCUCCUCUUAAGAUGCUUCCCACCUUUGUGAGGACCACACCUAAUGGAACAGGUAUGUUAUGACAGGACAUGCUCAUCAAUGGUCUCGAUGUGGUCCAGCUAAAGCGUCUUAUCUGGACUGAAUUUUGUACUCUAGGAAAGUCGAAACUACUCUGGUUGUCUUCAACAGAGACUGGUGACUUCCUUGCACUAGACUUGGGAGGGACUAACCUACGUGUCCUCUGUGAAGUUAGGAGAGGGGGAUCAGCAGCACGAAAGACGUUUACCCCGUCCAUGAGGAGGUCAAUACAUCUGGAAAGGUAGGCGUUAACGUGUGAGUGUUAACCCACUGUCACGGAUGCCGCCGAGGCUGCUCCUCCUCCUUGCUCGGGCAGGCUUCGGCGUUCGUCGUCCCCGGAGUACUAGCUACUGCCGCUCGAUGUUUCGAUGUUUGUCUUGUAUUGUCUAGUUGGUACACCUGUUUCGUAUUCUGUAUUGAUUAUGUACCAUAUAAGUUCCCUUGUUUUAUGUUUGCCUUUGUAUGUUAUUGUCCGCGUCUCUUGUAUGUAUGUUCGGCAUUGACCAUCUUGUUUAUUACGCACUCCGCGUACAUUGCUCCUCUUGUGUUUGGAGGCUUUUGUUUUGUGCGUAUUUUACUUUGGAAAGUAAAGUAGUUGUUACUGAUCCUCUGUGUCCUGCGCCUGACUUCACCGCCGCAUACACCUCAGCAUUGACAGAAUAACACACCACCCAUGGAGUCAGCAGGAGCAGCGGCGGUGACCGAGUCACUGGAGGAUCGGGUCAGCAGCCAGGACGCCAUGAUCCAUAGACUCGGCUCCGCCAUGCAAGACGUGAUGGACACCCUGCGCCGAUGGGAAAGAGGAGGCUUGCCCACACCUCCUCCUACAUUACCCCCACCAUCGGCCAGCCCCAUCGUACCAUCUCCGGAGUCCAGUGGGAUUCGGCUCUGGCUCCCGAGGGCAUAUGAUGGCACCGCAGCCGGGUGUCAGGGUUUCCUACUUCAAGUGGAACUCUACCUGGCAACAAUACACCCGGCGCCCUCGGGAUACGAGAGCGUUUCCGCCCUCAUCUCCUGUCUAUCCGGCAAGGCUUUGGAGUGGGCCAAUGCCGAAUGGAGGGGAAUAGACGCCGCCACCAUCAGCUACACAGAGUUCUCCCGCCGCUUCAGGGCUGUUUUCGAUCAUCCCCCAGAGGGUAAAGCGGCGGGGGAGCGUCUGUUCCACCUCCGACAGGGGAAGAGGAGCGCACAAGAGUUCGCCCUGGACUUCCGGACUCUAGCGGCGGAUGCGGGGUGGAAUGAGAGGGCCCUCAUCGACCACUAUCGGUGCAGCCUGCGAGAGGACGUUCGACGAGAGUUGGCCUGCAGGGACACCAAUCUAAACUUCGAUCAGUUGGUGGACAUGUCGAUCCGUCUGGAUACCCUGCUGGCUACCCGCGGACGUCCGGAGUUGGGGCCGUCCAUUCCAUCCCCCAGCACCUCCGAGCCGAGCCCUAUGGAGCUCGGGGGUGCUGGCGCUAGAGAGAGGAGGAGAGAGAUCCGGAGGGAGGCCGUCCUCUGCACCAACUGUGGCCGUAGAGGACACACUGCGGUUCUGUGCUGGGGAGGGUCUCCAGGGGAUCGAGGCAACAGGUCACGCACUGGGGAGUCAUUCCAGGUGAGUAGGCGCCCAACUCACCCAGAGCUCUCUGUUGUUCACCUGUGUAUACAAGUAGUAUUUCCCCAGGUUGCAUCUCAUUCCCAGCAUAAGGCGCUAGUCGAUUCAGGCGCAGCUUGGAAUUUUAUUGAUCGUAAUUUUUGUGUUAAGUUAGGGAUUCCCCUCCUACCAGUAGAUGUGCCCUUUCCUAUUCAUGCCCUAGAUAGCCGUCCGUUGGGAUCUGGGUUGAUUAGGGAGGUCACAGCGCCACUAAAGAUGAGGACGCAGGGGGGUCAUGAGGAGAUCAUUCAGUUGUAUCUGAUCGACUCUCCUGCGUAUCCCGUGGUGCUGGGACUUCCUUGGUUAAUCUCCCAUGACCCCACCAUUUCGUGGCAACAGAGGGCUAUCAAGGAGUGGUCUGACCAGUGUGUCGGGCGGUGUCUAGGUGUUUCCGUAGGGGCGACCACAGUGGAAAGUCCGAACCAAAUGCCCGCACUGCACAUUCCUCCUGAGUAUGAUGAUUUGGCACUCGUGUUCAGUAAGACGAGGGCGACGCGAUUGCCACCUCAUAGACAGGGGGAUUGUGCGAUAGACCUCCAGGCAGGUGCUGCACUUCCGCAUAGUCAUGUGUAUCCUCUGUCUCAAGAGGAGACGGCGGCUAUGGAGACAUACAUAGCCGAGUCUCUGAGACAGGGAUACAUACGGCCCUCCACUUCUCCUGUGUCCUCAAGUUUAUUUUUUGUGAAGAAGAAGGAUGGAGGGUUGCGCCCGUGUAUUGAUUACCGUAGUCUCAAUCAGAUCACUGUUAAAUACAGUUAUCCUCUCCCUCUGAUUGCGAGUAUGACGGAAUCAUUACACGGAGCGCGUUUCUUCACAAAACUGGAUCUCAGGAGCGCCUACAACUUGGUGCGCAUUAGGGAGGGAGAUGAAUGGAAGACAGCAUUUAGUACCACCUCGGGUCACUAUGAGUAUCUCGUCAUGCCAUACGGGUUAAUGAAUGCUCCUUCAGUCUUCCAAUCCUUUGUGGACGAGAUCUUCCGGGAUUUGCAUGGGCAGGGUGUAGUGGUGUAUAUUGACGACAUUCUAGUUUACUCUUCUACACGAGCCGAGCAUGUAGCCCUGGUGCGUCGAGUGUUGGGUAGGCUGUUGGAGCAUGACUUGUAUGUCAAGGCAGAAAAAAGUCUGUUUUACCAGGAGUCCAUCUCCUUCCUGGGCCAUCGGUUGUCCGCGUCAGGGGUGGAGAUGGAGAUUGACCGCGUUUCAGCCGUGCGUAAUUGGCAGGCUCCAACCACGGUUAAGGAGGUGCAGCGGUUUUUGGGUUUUGCCAAUUACUACCGGAGGUUUAUCCGGGGUUUUGGACAGGUAGCAGCUCCCAUCACCUCCCUGCUGAAGGGGGGCCGGUGCGUUUGCAGUGGUCGGCUGAGGCGGACAGGGCGUUUGGACAACUGAAGGACCUGUUCACCUCGGUUCCGGUGCUGGCGCAUCCGGACCCCGCUUUAGCGUUCCAGGUGGAGGUGGACGCAUCAGAGGCCGGUAUUGGGGCUGUACUGUCUCAACGCUCAGGCACGCCUCCUAAACUCCGGCCCUGCGCUUUUUACUCGAAGAAGCUCAGCCCUGCGGAACGUAAUUAUGACGUGGGGGACAGGGAGCUGCUAGCUGUGGAUCAAGCCCGAAAGGUGUGGAGGCAUUGGCUUGAGGGGGCUCAACACCCUUUUCUCAUUCUGACUGACCAUCGUAACCUGGAGUACAUCCGGGCAGCUAGGAGACUGAACCCUCGUCAGGCUAGGUGGGCCAUGUUUCUGGCCCGGUUUGUUUUUAAGGUCACUUACAUCCCAGGGUCCCAGAACGUUAAGGCAGACGCCCUGUCCCAGCGAUAUGACACAGAGGAGAGGUCCAUUGAGCCCACUCCCAUACUGCCAGAGUCUUGUCUGGUGGCACCGGUGGUGUGGGAGGUCGAUGCGGAAAUCGAGCGGGCGUUACGUACCGACCCUACUCCUCCAGAGUGUCCAGCGGGGCGGACGUACGUUCCGCUCGAGAUUCGUGAUCGUCUCAUUUAUUGGGCUCAUACGUCACCCUCCUCUGGACAUCCUGGUAUUGGCCGGACAGUGCACUGCCUUAGUGAAAAGUACUGGUGGCCAACAUUGGCUAAGGACGUGAGGGUUUAUGUCUCCUCCUGCUCGGUGUGCGCUCAGUGUAAGGCGCCUUGACACCUGCCCAGGGGGAAGUUACAACCCCUACCCGUUCCACAACGGCCGUGGUCUCACCUAUCGGUAGACUUUGUCACGGACUUUCCCCCUUCCCAGGGGAAUACCACUAUUCUGGUCGUUGUGGAUCGGUUCUCUAAGGCCUGUCGCCUCAUCCCAAUGCCGGGUCUCCCUACUGCCCUACAGACUGCUGAGGCUUUGUUUACCCACGUCUUCCGGCACUACGGGGUACCCGAGGAUAUAGUGUCUGAUCGGGGUCCCCAAUUCACCUCUAGAGUCUGGAGGGUGUUCAUGGAAUGCUUGGGGGUCUCGGUUAGCCUUACCUCGGGUUUCCACCCUGAGAGUAAUGGGCAGGUGGAGAGGGUGAACCAGGAUGUGGGUAGGUUUCUGAGAUCUUAUUGCCAGGACCGGCAGGAGGAGUGGUCGGGGUAUAUCCCCUGGGCAGAGAUCGCCCAGAACUCCCUUCGCCAUUCCUCUACGAAUCUGACUCCUUUCCAGUGUGUGUUGGGGUAUCAGCUGGUUCUGGCACCAUGGCAUCAGAGCCAGAUCGAGGCUCCAGCGGUGGAUGAGUGGUUUCGGCGCUCGGAGGAGACAUGGAACGCUGCGCAUGUACAUCUGCAGCGGGCUAUCCGUAGGCAGAAGGCGAGCGCCGAUCUCCACCGCAGUGAGGGUCCUGUGUACGCACCUGGAGAUCGAGUCUGGCUCUCGACUCGAAACCUGCCCCUUCGCCUGCCCUGCCGGAAGCUGGGUCGGCGGUUUGUGGGGCCAUUUAAAGUCCUGAGGAGAUUGAACGAGGUAUGUUACAGGUUACAACUGCCUAAUGAUUAUCACAUUAACCCCUCGUUCCAUGUGUCUCUCCUCAGGCCGGUGGUAGCUGGUCCACUCCAGGACAAUGAGAUACGGGAGACUCCUCCGCCCCCACUGGACAUCGAGGGGGUCCAUCGUGGAUUCGAGACGUCGGAUGGGGGGUCUGCAGUAUCUCGUGGAGUGGGAGGGGUACGGUCCGGAGGAACGGUGCUGGGUGCCUAGGAGGGACAUUUUAGAUCCCUCCCUCCUGACGGAGUUCCACCGGAGUCAUCCCACGCGCCCUCCUGGCCGUCCCCGAGGCCGGGGUCGGCACACGGCUGGAGCCGCGCGUCAAGGGGGGGGUACUGUCACGGAUGCCGCCGAGGCUGCUCCUUCUCCUUGCUCGGGCAGGCUUCGGCGUUCGUCGUUCCCGGAGUACUAGCUACUGCCGCUCGAUAUUUCGAUGUUUGUCUUGUAUUGUCUAGUUGGUACACCUGUUUCGUAUUCUGUAUUGAUUAUGUACCAUAUAAGUUCCCUUGUUUUAUGUUUGCCUUUGUGUGUUAUUGUCCGCGUCUCUUGUAUGUAUGUUCGGCAUUGACCAUCUUGUUUAUUACGCACUCCGCGUACAUUGCUCCUCUUGUGUUUGGAGGCUUUUGUUUUGUGCGUAUUUUACUUUGGAAAGUAAAGUAGUCGUUACUGAUCCUCUGUGUCCUGCGCCUGACUUCACCGCCGCAUACACCUCAGCAUUGACACCCACGGUGUUAAAUUUAACACUUUCUUAGUGUGUGAAUGUGACCCACCGAAAUAGUGUUAAACUAACACUUUUCAAAGUGUUCACAAACUAACACCCUCAGAGUGUUGGGUCCAUAACACCGUGGGUGUUGCAAAUUCCGACUUAAAUUAACACUUAGUAGUUUUACAGUAAUUCAUGGAGUGUUGUUUUAGCAUUGUAGGGUGUAGAGCGUUAUUUGCAUAUUUCCCAGCAUGCAUUUCAAGUGAAUGUUAGUGAUACCUACCCAUGACUGUGUUUGUUAGUAACAGAGACAUGGUUUCUACAGUCAAUAACUUCCAGUCCUGAAACCUUCACCAAGUGACUGCCUGAGUGAAAAUUCUUUACAUUUACAUCAUUUAGCAGACGCUCUUAUCCAGAGCGACUUACAAAUUGGUGCAUUCAAUUUAUGAUAGCCAGUGGGACAACCACUUUUUUUUAUGGGGGGUGGGGGAAGAAGGAUUACUUUAUACUAUUCCAGGUAUUCCUUAAAGAGGUAGGGUUUCAAGUGUCUCCGGAAGGUGGUCAGUGACUCCACUGUCCUGGCGUCGUGGGGGAGCUUGUUCCACCAUUGGGGUGCCAGAGCAGCGAAUAGCUUUGACUGGGCUGAGCGGGAACUGUGCUUACGUAGAGGUAGGGGAGCUAGCAGGCCAGAGGUGGAUGAACGUAGUGCCCUCGUUUGGGUAUAGGGUCUGAUCACAGCCUGAAGGUAAGGAGGUGCCGUUCCCCUCACAGCUCCGUAGGCAAGUACCAUUGUCUUGUAGUAGAUGCGAGCCUCAACUGGAAGCCAGUGGAGUGUGCGGAGGAGCGGGGUGACAUGAGAGAACUUGGGAAGGUUGAACACCAGACGGGCUGCAGCGUUCUGGAUAAGUUGUAGGGGUUUAAUGGCACAGGCAGGGAGCCCAGCCAACAGCGAGAUGCAGUAAUCCAGACGGGAGAUGACAAGUGCCUGGAUUAGGACCUGUGCCGCUUUCUGUGUAAGGUAGGGUCGUACUCUGCGAAUGUUGUAGAGCAUGAACCUGCAGAAUCGGGUCACUGCUUUGAUGUUAGCGGAGAACGACAGGGUGUUGUCCAGGGUCACGCCAAGGUUCUUUGCACUCUGGGAGGAGGACACAAUGGAGUUGUCAACCGUGGUGGCGAGAUCAUGGAGCGGGCAGUCCUUCCCCGGGAGGAAGAGCAGCUCCGUCUUGCCGAGGUUCAGCUUGAGGUGGUGAUCCGACAUCCACACUGAUAUGUCUGCCAGACAUGCAGAGAUGCGAUUCGCCACCUGGUUAUCAGAAGGGGGAAAGGAGAAAAUUAAUUGUGGGUCGUCUGCGUAGCAAUGCUAGGAGAAACCAUGUGAGGAUAUGACAGAGCCAAGUGACUUGGUGUAUAGAGAGAAUAGGAGAGGGCCUAGAACUGAGCCCUGGGGGACACCAGUGGUGAGAGCAUGUGGUGCGGAGACAGAUUCUCGCCACGCCACCUAGUAGGAGCGACCUGUCAGGUAGGACGCAAUCCAAGAGUGAGCAGCGCUGGAGAUGCCCAACUCGGAGAGGGUGGAGAGGAGGAUCUGAUGGGUCACAGUAUCAAAGGCAGCGGAUAGGUCUAGGAGGAUAAGAGCAGAGGAGAGAGAGUUAGCUUUACCAGUGCGGAGAGCCUCCGUGACACAGAGAAGAGCAGUCUCAGUUGAAUGACCAGUCUUGAAACCUGACUGGUUUGGAUCAAGAAGGUCAUUCUGAGAGAGAUAGCAGGAGAGUUGGCUAGAGACGGCACGCUCAAGAGUUUUGGAGAGAAAAGAAAGAAGGGAUACUGGUCUGUAGUUGUUGACAUCGGAGGGAUCGAGUGUAGGUUUUUUGAGGAGGGGUGCAACUCUCGCUCUCUUGAAGACGGAAGGGACAUGUCCAGCGGUCAAGGAUUAGUUGAUUAGCGAGGUGAGGUAAGGGAGAAGGUCUCCGGAAAUGGUCUGGAGAAGAGAGGAGGGGAUAGGGUCAAGCGGGCAGGUUGUUGGGCGGCCGGCCGUCGCAAGAUUUCAUCUAGAGAGAGAGGGGAGAAAGAAGUCAAAGCAUAGGGUAGGGCAGUGUGAGCAGGACCAGCGGUGUCAUUUGACUUAAUAAAUGAGGAUCGGAUGUCGUCAACCUUCUUUUCAAAAUGGUUGACGAAGUCAUCCACAGAGAGGGAGGGGGGAGGAGGAGAAGGAUUCAGCAGGGAGGAGAAGGUGGCAAAGAGCUUCCUAGGGUUAGAGGCAGAGGCUUGAAAUUUAGAGUGGUAGAAAGUGGCUUUAGCAGCGGAAACAGAGGAAGAGAAUGUAGAGAGGAGGGAGUGAAAACACUUUAAUUAACAGUGAACUAUUUAUGUAGAUAUAUUACACAUUUCAUAAGGCUAGUUAUGGCCUAGUUUUCCCCAACAUUGUGGUCUGGUGAUCCUGGCUCAUGGGCCAUAUCAAAUCUGCAAGUCACAAUAUGCUGGCUUGUGAAGUGAUUUGUAAUUCCUAUUUUAAUCCAGCCAGAGGGAGGAUAUUCAACAAUUGGAACUUUUUAUCACCCACAACCAGCAUUCAGAAUGACUGCUAUGGUAAAGUACUAGCUAAUGAAGACUACCUAAACCAUCUAAACUGGAACAACCAUCUCAGUAAUGGAUGCAAUACAUCUAACCACUUACAGAUUGGAUUAGUUUCGAUUUUAAAAAAGUUAUUUAUCUCUGUGUAGUACUAUUCUAAAAAUCAACCUGCAACAAAGCAUGCUGGGAAAUGUGUUGAGGCCCCUCCCUCCCACAUCUUUUUCACUCAGUUAACGGAAAUUAACUCAACACAGUCGAGUACACUUGAUUUAUUCACCGCAGGUGCAGUCAAUUUCAAUCCCACUGGUGUUAACUCUACUAGAAUAACACUCAGAUAUAACACUCACAACACUUUUACCUCCACACUGUGAUUUUAACACAUGCAAAUUUUAACUCCGAGAGAGACCUCUGGAAAAUUACUGUAGUUAGUGUGAGAGCAGAGAUCGUCACAGAAAAAGAAACAGUGAGUUCAUCCACGUUCCUCGCAAAACCAUGAGCAGCCAUGAGCUCAGAUGCAGAGGCUGUGCCAGCUUUUAUCCCUUCCUCCAGAAGAACUAGGGCCGGGAUGAUACCAGUAUCACAAUAUUUUUUUCCCAUGGCAAAAAUGAAAACACAAAGCAGACCACACUAUUUGGUCCUUUCAAAAACCUGCUGCAGAUAAAAUAUUGUGUGCUAUAGCUUGGAAAACAAAAUACAUUUGACUCUGGAUGACAACAUAAUGUUUGUUUCCGACAUUAGGGCUGUUUUCCUAAAGGUCAAUCUGCUUUGCGUUUUGUUUGCUUUCCACGAUACUAACGAGUAUCCUGACCCUAGAAGGAAUGAGUGACAGUAAAAAACUGCAGGGAGGAAUGUUGAAACUUGUCGAAGGUAUUUCAACAGGGCGGAACGUUGAGGGCAUGCCAGUACUCUGCCAGGCAGGCCCCGAACGAGGAAAAGGGAAACAUUUUAGAGGAACUGUUGUCUAUCUCCAGAGGUCUAUAAUUUUUAUGGCUAACUUGUGUUGAACCCAAACAAUAACAGCUCCUUUCCUGUGGAACUUUUUUGCCUGUUUUCUGACCUGUAGUUCAGUUUACACCCACUAAUAAAGUCGUCAAUUAGUCUGUGUUUCAAGUCAAAGUUUCAUCUAACCUUUAUUCAUCCAGGUUUCAUUUAGGUCAAAUAUAUUUAGCAAGGGAGACCUAAUUGAACCUGGAUGAAUGAUAUGAGGUACCGGAACAAAAAGCAAAGCCCGAGAGGGAGGGGAGGGGUGACCUGGGGGGCUCUGAGGUACUGGAACGGGUGAAAAUAAAUCAUCUUUAUAGCAAAGCAUUGCAUGCAUUAUCAUCGCUUUUGCAUACUGGCAUAGAGCAGUAGAGUAGAGGCGCUUGCAGAAGUUGCACACAUGGGGGGGAAAAGUUUGUAGCCUAGGGUCUGGGAAAAUGUUGGCCUUGUAUAAUUGCAUGAAAUGUGUUUAUAAAUCAUUUUAGAUGACAGAAGACCUUUGCAGAUAAUUUUUUUUAAUACCUCAUAAAUUAUUGAAAUGACAGCCUACUUUGACACUGAGAAUCUGAGAUCAAUAAAAAUGGCCUUGUCUGGAAUCCAUCAAUAGCCUAGGUGUGUGGAGACACACAUAUAGUACAAUAUGAGGAGGAAAUUAUAGUCCUAAAAAAAGCUUUCCAGUUUCACUAACUCGCCCAAUGAUGCGCAGCUCACUUACUGGUGAUGGCUGAUGCCCUUGUGUCAAAAGCCUCUCUCUCUUGUUUUACUUUGUAAAACAAUGCUGUUUGCUCAGUAGGCCUAUUUAGAAGUUAAUAACAUACUGUAUUUGGUAGCCUACAGGCAGAUUAGUCUUCUCUUUUCAGCAGGAGCCAUUUGCUUUCCAAUCUGUGGUUUCCCGCGAUUGUAUUUGAAAUAUUGCGCAAGGCCUGUUUUGGCUGCAUGCUGUUUGUCCACUGACAGAUUUGCCACGCAUUCCCGACUAUAGGCAUGCCUUGUGAUUGGGCUACACACAAUCCACAGCUAGGCUAUUUUUUAAAAUAAGCUAUUGAUCCUCUGUGGCUUAAUUAUAGGGGUACUCCUGGUGUAGUCUUCUGAAUUAUUUAAUUUCUUUCUGAACAGACAGCAGUCAUUCUAUGUCUUUGGCAAAUGUAUUUCAAUUUAUCAGGGGUGCUGCGGCACCUCCAGCACCCUUCCUGUGGACAGGAAGAUUUGCGGCAUCUGCGCCAUACCCCAGGAUAUUAUGCUGGGGCCGGGAGAGCAGGUGUAUGUUUUUGUUUUUUCAGGGGUUAUUUCACCUUUAUUUAACCAGAUAAGCCAGUUGAGAACAAGUUCUCAUUUACAACUGCGACCUGGCCAAGAUAAAGCAAAGCAGUGCGGUAAAAACAACAACAACACAGUUGGGGGGGCAUGGGCAAGUUGCAGCGGAGGGUGCAGAGCUGGUGGCCGGGGUAGGGGUAGCCAGGUGGAAAGCAUGGCCAGCCGUAGCAAAAUGCUUAUUGAAAUUCUCGAUUAUCGUAGGUUUAUCGGUGGUGACACUGUUUCCUAGCCUCAGUGCAGUGGGUAGCUGGGAGGAGGUGCUCUUAUUCUCUUAUGGACUUUACAGUGUCCCAAAACUUUUUGGAGUUAGUGCUACAGGAUGCACAUUUCUGUUUGAAAAAGCUAGCCUUUGCUUUCCUAACUGAUUGUAUAUUGGUUCCUGACUUCCCUGAAAAGUUGCAUAUCGCGGGGGCUGUUCGAUGCUAAUGCAGUACGCCACAGGAUGUUUUUGUGCUGGUCAAGGGCAGUCAAGUCUGGGGUGAACCAGGGGCUAUAUCUGUUCUUAGUUCUGAAUUUUUUGAAUGGGGCAUGCUUAUUUAAGAUGGAGAGGAAAGCACUUUUGAAGAACAUCCAGGCAUCCUCUACUGACGGAAUGAGGUCAAUAUCCAUCCAGGAUACCCAGGCCAGGUCAAUUAGAAAGGCCUGCUCGCUGAAGUGUUUUAGGGAGCGUUUGACAGUGAUGAGGGGUGGUCGUUUGACCGUGGACCCAUUACGGAUGCAGGCAAUGAGGCAGUGAUCGCUGAGAUCCUGGUUGAAGACAACGGAGGUGUAUUUAGAGGGUAAAUUAGUCAGGAUGAGAUCUAUGAGGGUGCCCAUGUUUACGGAUUUAGGGUUGUACCUGGUAGGUUCCUUGAUAAUUUGUGUGCGAUUGAGGGCAUCUAGUUUGGAUUGUAGGAUGGCUAGGGUGUUAAGCAUAUCCCAGUUUAGGUCACCAAGCAGUACGAACUCUGAGGAUAGAUGGGGGGCAAGCAAUUCACAUAUGGUGUCCAAGUCAACAAAUGAUAGCGCCUGGGGAGUAGGAGUGAUACUGGGGGCUACAGGGCCUGGGUUAACCUCUACAUCACCAGAGGAACAGCGGAGGAAUAGUAUAAGGAUACGGCUAAAGGCUUUAAGAACUGGUCUUCUAGUGCGUUGGGUACAGAGAAUAAAAGGGGCAGAUUUCCGGGCGUUGUAGAAUAGAUUCAGGGCAUUAUGUACAGACAAGGAUAUGGAAGGAUAUGAGUACAGUGGAGGUAAGCCUAAGCGUUGUGUAACAAUGAAAGAGAGCAUCACUGGAGGUACCGAUUGAGCCGGUCUCCGCAUGUAUGGGGGGUGGGACAAAGGACCUCUCUGAGGCUGGUUGAGCGGGACUGGGGGCUCUACAGUGAAAUAGUACAAUAACAACUAACCAAAACCGCAAUAGGCUAGGCAUAUUGACAUGGGAGAGAGGCAUAACGCAAUCACAGGUGUUAUUCGAGAGUGCUAAGACAACAACUGGUAAUGGAGAUGAAAGUUUGGCCUGAGGCUAAACAGAUAAACAGGAUAGGGUACUGUGUAAAGGAACAGUCCAGCAGGCAUCAGCUAUGUAGCUGAGUGAUCAUAAGGUCCAGUGAACAACAAUAGGUAAGUCUGGGAGCAGUUCGUAGGCUGCUACAGCACAGGCGAGCAGGAGGCACGGCUGUUGAUUGCACGUGCUAGCGGGCCGUGGCUAGCAGAUGGAUCUUCGUGGUCGUCGCAACGGGAAGCCUGUUGAAACCACAUCAGACGAUUACGUCGGCAGACCAGUCGUGAUGGAUCGGCGGGGCUCCGUGUCGACACUAGGAGGUCCCGUCCGGUUGACAGAGAGGUAGAUGGCCGAGAGAUGGGCCUGGCUCGAGGCUAGCUCAAGGCUAACUGGUGCGUCGAGACAGCCAACAACAGCCAUUCGGUUGCAGCUAGCUAGUUGCGAUGAUCCGGUGUUAAGGUCCAGUGAUUCCAGCAGAAAAUCCGAUAUGCUCUGGGUCGAUAGCAUGCUGUGCAGACUGGCCGAUAAUUGUCCAGGCUAGGGCUGGCUGGUAGGUAGUGCAAGCCACGGACAGUGGUGAAGACCGCUAACGGUGGCUAAUAGCAAAUAGCUAGUUAGCUGGCUAGUUUCAGCCGUAGGUUCUUGAUAAAAAUAAAGAAAUAAUAGAAUUCGUUCCACAUUGGGUGAGGCGGGUUUCAGGAAAGUGUAUUUAGUUUAAGGAUGGAAAGUGAGAUAGAGAAAUAUAUACGAAAAAAGACAAAAAAACAGGCUAUUUCCACGAGGACACAACAGGAUACACGACCGCACUGCAACGCCAUCUUGUGUGUGUGGUGUUACUGAGUUCACAAGAGUAGUCUUUCAUUGUAUGUUUGGGAUUUACACGUUUUUACAGCUGAUCUCAUCCCACCCCUCCCAUGGGGUGGUCAUUCUCUAAUCCCAGGUGGAAACAGUGCCUGUAAAUCCCUGUGUUACAAUGUCUUAGCAUAGACUUGCAAUGGUUAAUUAAGUCAAACUACAAAUAUGGGACAUUGACUGAAAAACCGUCUGUCAGCCACAAAGUCAUUUUUUAAACUACUUAUGUGACUGAUUAGGAAAACACAAGUCAUCAGAGAAUUUAACAUGGACAUACUCAAGAUAAUACAUCUUGGUGACUCAUGAGGGCUGUGACUUUGCCAGGUCUUGUCAGGUUUUGAUGGCUGAAAGCCAUGCUCAGUUUCUAGAGAAAACACAUACGAUUCCCCAGCCUGCAUGGGUAUGAAUCCCCUUUCAUACCUGUCUCUUGGCUGUUCGCACUCCACUGUAAAAUGUUGACUCAUUGUGAUGUCUUUCCCUGUCCAGUUGUUUGACCACAUUGCGGCCUGCCUGGCUGAGUUCCCGGAGUUUCUGGAGCUUAAGGAUCAGACUCUACCUCUGAGCUUUACCUUCUCCUUCGAGCAGAAAGACAUCGACAAGGUUCAUCACAGUCAGCGAACACACACAAACACACGCACAGGCACACACACAUGAAUACACAAAGGAUCCAUUCAUGCAGCCAGGACUGAUAUUAGUAGAAAAUACCAAGCCCAGGUUACUUCCCAAUAUUGGACUAAUUCAGAGUUAUGACGUUGGAACACUUAAUUGUCUUUGCAGUUGUUUGGACAGUCUAUUUGACAACUUUGUCAGGAAAAAGUCAAGGGCUAAUAGUAAGUGAUGGUCAAAUCUCAGUCAUUGUCUGUGACCUCGACUUCCAGAGUAUCCUGUUCCGUUGGACCAAAGGCUUUCUUUAACUGUUCAGGAGUGGAGGGAGUGGAGGGAGAGGAUGUGGUCAGGUUACUGAGAAAAGCCAUCCACAGGAGAGGGGUGAGUCUAUAGGCCUCCUCGUACCAUCCAACUACCACCACUUUCUAAUAAACAGUUAUUUUGAUUGGAUAUGUAUUUGGAAUGUUAUUACUACAGUAGUAGAGCCUAUAAAUAAUGUUGUUAUACCAGUAGGAAUGUGCCUUAUAAAAAGGCUGUUCACAGACAGGUAACAGUAAACGUUGCUUGAAGUGGUACCCUCAAACUCCCCUUCCACUCUCUCUCCCCUCUUAGUCCCCUUGGACUAUGAUGUUGGUUCAGUUGCCAUGGUGAAUGACACUGUGGGGACCAUGAUGAGCUGUGGAUACAGGGACCAGAGCUGUGAGAUUGGCAUGAUCAUUGGUAGGUAGUACUUAUCUAUACUGCAGCCACACUACUGCAACCAUAGCAUUAGAGGAAAGAACAAAAAUAAAGGCAUAAGAAAAGAUGCCCCAUUUAGCCUAGCAAGUGAAGGAGAGGGUCUGUAGUAACCAUAUAUAACAGUCAUAUUAUCAUGUUAUUACAAAUUGCUUGCCACAAUAUGUUAGGGAAGUCAAGGAUAACCAUGGAGAGUCCUAUCUUGAAACUCCAUGUAGUUUAGUGCCAUUUCUAGCACUUCCACACUGCAAUGACUCCCUCUGCUGGAGAUGAUGGCAACAGGGUUUUGUAUGUGUUUUUUUGUGUGUGUGCAAUAUGUUGCAUUCAUUUCUGUGUAAGAUUCUCUGCCUCCCCAGGGACGGGGACGAACGCAUGUUACAUGGAUGAGAUAAAGAACGUGAAGAGAGUGGGCGGGGAGGACAUACGCAUGUGCAGGUAGCCUGGCAGGUAGGAGCUUUGGGUCAGUAACCGAAAGGUAAGUGACAAGGUAAAAAUCUGUCGUUCUGCCCUUGAGCAAGGCAGGUAACCCCCAACAACAACUGCUCCCCGGGUGCCAAUGACGUGGAUGUCGAUUAAGGUAGCCCCCCACACCUCUAUGAUUCAGAGGGUUAAAUGUGGAAGACACAUUUCAGUUGAAUGCAUUCAGUUGUACAACUGACAAGGUAUCCCCUUUCCUUUUCCCUUUCCAACACAAAGUGGGGGGGUUUGUAGACGAUGGGUCCAUAAAUGAUAUCCAGACUGAGUUUGACCUGGUGGUGGUGGAUCGAGAUUUACUCAACCCAGGCGUGCAUGCGUAUGUGUUUCCCCUCCAAAUGAAUGAGCAGUCAAAAGUACGUAGCUAAAGUACAUUAAAAUACAUGAAAGCUAUGACUGUAACUUCUAUGCUUGACUUUCAUUUUCAUUUGUCGAAUACAGGCCAAACCUCAUUCACCCUGGUCAAUUUAUCUGUGUACUUAACUCUGUUGUUUUGUGACUUUGUCCAUGUCUGUCUGUGUCCAGGUUUGAGAAGAUGAUCAGUGGGAUGUAUCUGAGAGAGGUAGCCAGGCUGGUUGUGGUGAAGUUGGCUCAGGACAAGCAACUGUUUGGAGGAGAGCUCUGAGGCCUUGCUCACCCAGGACAGCUUUGAGAUCAGAUUCAUCUCUGAGAUAGAGGAGUAAGUGACUGACACACCAUGCUCUUAUGUGUCAUAUCUCUACUUACACAGAUCCUAAAUAUAGCAGUUUUUUUAUUAUCAAUGUGCUAUAUAAUACAGAAGCUACCACUGGGUGAGAUUGAGAGAAAUGAGCACAACUGUCUUUACAACUAUAUAUUAUAUAAUUUACUAUAAAUGGAAGGGCUGGGAAUUGCCAGGGACCUCACGAUACGAUAUUAUCAUGAUACUUAGAUGCCGAUACGAUAUGUAUUGCGAUUCGAUACUGGGAUUUAAUUGCGAUUUGACGUUCCAAACAUAUUGCUCACCAUAUGUCUGCUGCAAAGGGACAACAGAGAGCCAUGAGAAAACAAGUUUUGAUCAGUCAUGGAAAUAUUGUAAGUGCUGAAAACAAAUUGGCUCCCUUAUUAAAAAGAAGCUGGAGAACAAGUUAUGGAAAAAUACUGGAGUUUUGGUGCAGGUACAGCCAACUAGCGCAAAAAUUAUAUUGCGAUAUUGUCGAUAUAAUAUAUCGUAGAAAUUAAGAUCCUGAUAUGUAACUCUAUUUUCUUCCCCCAUCACUAAUAAAUAGGCAUAUCUCAGUCAUUUUAAUCCUUUACAACCUAGAUUUUUGAAAUCGAAUUACAUCACUUGUAUCAGCUUGCAUUUGUACCAAAGUACACUGCUCAAAAAAAUUAAGGGAACACUUAAACAACACAAUGUAACUCCAAGUCAAUCACACUUCUGUGAAAGACUCAUGGGCAGCGCACAAUUGGCCUAGCGUUGUCCAGGGUAGGGGAGGGAAUGGCCGGCAGGGAUGUAGCUCAGUUGAUAGAGCAUGGCGUUUGCAAUGCCAGGGUUGUGGGUUCGAUUCCCAUGGGGAACCAGUAUGAAAAAAAAAAAAAAAAAAUGUAUUCACGAACUGUAAGUCGCUCUGGAUAAGAGCGUCUGCUAAAUGACUAAAAUGUAAAUGUAAAUCAAACUGUCCACUUAGGAAGCAACACUGAUUGACAAUAAAUGUCACAUGCUGUUGUGCAAAUGGAAUAGACAACAGGUGGAAAUUAUAGGCAAUUAGCAAGACCCCCAAUAAAGGACUGGUUUUGCAGGUGGUGACCACAGACCACUUCUCAGUUCCUAUGCUUCCUGGCUGAUGUUUUGGUCACUUUUGAAUGCUGGCGGUGCUUUCACUCUAGUGGUAGCAUGAGACGGAGUCUACAACCCACACAAGUGGCUCAGGUAGUGCAGCUCAUCCAGGAUGGCACAUCAAUGCGAGCUGUGGCAAGAAGGUUUGCUGUGUCUGUCAGCGUAGUGUCCAGAGCAUGGAGGCGCUACCAGGAGACAGGCCAGUACAUCAGGAGACGUGGAGGAGGCCGUAGGAGGGCAACAACCCAGCAGCAGGACUGCUACCUCCGCCUUUGUGCAAGGAGGAGCAGGAGGAGCACUGCCAGAGCCCUGCAAAAUAACCUCCAGCAGGCCACAAAUGUGCAUGUGUCUGCUCAAAAGGCCAGAAACAGACUCCAUGAGGGUGGUAUGAGGGCCCGACGUCCACAUGUGGGGGUUGUGCUUACAGCCCAACACCGUGCAGGACGUUUGGCAUUUGCCAGAGAACACCAAGAUUGGCAAAUUCGCCACUGGCGCCCUGUGCUCUUCACAGAUGAAAGCAGGUUCACACUGAGCACAUGUGACAGACGUGACAGAGUCUGGAGACGCAGUGGAGAACGUUCUGCUGCCUGCAACAUCCUCCAGCAUGACCGGUUUGGCGGUGGGUCAGUCAUGGUGUGGGGUGGCAUUUCUUUGGGGGGCCGCACAGCCCUCCAUGUGCUCGCCAGAGGUAGCCUGACUGCCAUUAGGUACCGAGAUGAGAUCCUCAGACCCCUUGUGAGACCAUAUGCUGGUGCGGUUGGCCCUGGGUUCCUCCUAAUGCAAGACAAUGCUAGACCUCAUGUGGCUGUAGUGUGUCAGCAGUUCCUGCAAGAGGAAGGCAUUGAUUCUAUGGACCGCCCGUUCCCCAGACCUGAAUCCAAUUGAGCACAUCUGGGACAUCAUGUCUCGCUCCAUCCACCAACGCCACGUUGCACCACAGACUGUCCAGGAGUUGGCGGAUGCUUUAGUCCAGGUCUGGGAGGAGAUCCCUCAGGAGACCAUCCGCCACCUCAUCAGGAGCAUGCCCAGGCGUUGUAGGGAGGUCAUACAGGCACAUGGAGGCCACACACACUACUGAGCCUCAUUUUGACUUGUUUUAAGGACAUUACAUCAAAGUUGGAUCAGCCUGUAGUGUGGUUUUCCACUUUAAUUUUGAGGGUGACUCCAAAUCCAGACCUCCAUGGGUUGAUAAAUUUGAUUUCCAUUUAUAAUUUUUGUGUGAUUUUGUUGUCAGCACAUUCAACUAUGUAAAGAAAAAAGUAUUUAAUAAGAUUAUUUCAUUCAUUCAGAUCUAGGAUGUGUUAUUUUAGUGUUCCCUUUAUUUUUUUGAGCAGUGUAUAUUGAUGCAGAGGGAAGAUAGGACUGCAGAAGGCCCAGGAGAUUCUGUCAGAGCUGGACCUGCCUGCCGGACCUGUUGACUGUCAAAUUGUCGCACACCAGACGCACACUCUGUCCACACGCUCAGCCCAGUUGUGCACCGCUGCCUUGGCAAGUAUUGCCAACCGUAUUCGUGUCAACCAAAGACUGGACCAUCUAAGCACCACAGUGGGGGUGGACGGCACAGUCUACAAGAAACACCCCAAGUAUGUUCCCCUCAGAUAUACAUUUUCUGAAAUGGUCAACAGGGUUAUUUCAGUUUAAGUGGAAAGAUACAGAUAAAUCCCGCUUUUUAUAUUCUUGUCACUUGAUUGAAUGGAGAAUAUCCUCUUGUGCUGCCAUAAUAACUGUGGAUUUCCUGCCUUUGUUUCGUCACAGUAUUCACCCCUCUCUCAACCUUAUCCCUGCCUUUCCAUUCUCUUUGUCUAAAUGCAGGAAUUUCACAUGAUGGAAUAUUAUUUCUUAGAAUAGUUAUUUUACAAUUGUGUAGAGAGAUUGUAUCUCUCUUAUUCACUCCUUUGCACUGUCAGGAGGACCUAUGUCAGUAUCAGGUGUGCAGGUAGCCAUACUUUGAUUUGACUAUCCCCCUGUCUCUCUUCCCUCCGCUCUUCUUCCCUCCGCUCUUCUCCCCUCCAGCUUCAGUAAGCAGCUCCAGGAGACCGUAAGAAUCCUGGCCCCCAAGUGUGACAUCACUUUCCUGGUCUCCGAGGACGGCAGCGGAAAAGGGCACUGCCAUGGUAACAGCGGUGGCACAGAGGCUGGACAUGUAGUCCCGACUGCUAGAGGACAGGAGAGAAGGAUGAGGAAGAUGAAAAUUAAUGUAUGUGUUAGGCUAGAGGAGGCACACUGGAAAGACUACUUGAAAUGCAGCACCAUGAAAAUGUCCCCCUCAAAAGCUUUUGUUAUAGACAAAGCUUGUAUGGUACAUGCUAAACACCUCUCACUUUCUCCUAGGCUAUAAUAUUUAAAUGUUUUUUGUAUUACAUGGUUAACUUUCAGUGACGAAAUUCUCUUAUUUCAAAAACUUCUGUAUGUGAAAUUGUAUUUUGUUAUCUAUAAGAAAUGUAGACAAAUUAUUUUAUACUAGAAUGAAAACUUUGAAUGGGUAAUAUCUCACUGUAUUUCCAGUAUAUUUAGGGACCUGAUAUGUGAUACUGUAACAUUAUUGCAGCCAUAUUUGAAUGGCAGCUUGGUCAUACAAUUACUGUCUUGAAGUAAAAAUCUAUGAAUUUCAUGGUCAAGUCAAGUUCAACAUAAUGGAAAGAGACACAUGCUCACUCCCACUGUUGGAGAAACGGUACAGAGGAACAUCGGGUUAUUAAAUCAAUGUUUUCAGCAAAAUUAUACAACUAUAGAAUAUUCAGUCACGCUUAAACAGACGACACGUGUUCAGAAAGGUAGGUUGUUCAAAACUUGCGUUGCAAAUGAAAGAUGGCUAGCGUUUGAUAUUGAUACAAUGUUGCACUGUACGUUUCCCUUCACCCCCAGUAGGCUAGUAGUUAUAAUGUUGCACUUAAGCCAUAACACCUAUCACGUGCUUGUCUUUGAUCACCAUUUCCCACACUGUGGUAUAGCGUAAAAUACAAGUUACGAUUACUUAAAAUUAUCACCACGCGUUUGUAUCCAUGCAGGUACCAUGGUAUACACCAGGAUCUGGACCAAUCAGCUCAACAAUUGAUAUUAGGCAACAAUGUAACUAAACUUCAACUUCAUUGAUGCAACGCCAUCGUGAAAAAUAAAAUAAGGAUAUUUCUAAGCUUGUACAACAAUGAUUUCAGAAUGGAAACAUUUCCUGACAUUCAAAAUAGCCACUUUCAUAUUAACAAUAAGUUAUAGGCUACUCGCAAACAGUUUUAGCCACACCUAGAUCCUGUCCUAUUUUCAAAAAAAAAAGAGGACCCGUUUCUUGUGCAUUUGUUUGUGUGCGGGUGAGGACCCGGCUGUGUAACUUGAUAGGGGGCUCUGAGAGGGAAUAAGGGAAUGUGUUGCUGCAAUGGAGCAGAAUGUAAUACAGGUAAAGCCGACACUCGCUUUAUAUUAUUUAUAAAUAAAUCGUGAUAUUUGUAUGCGCACGCAUGCCACUUUUACCUGUUGAUAUCGGGAAUAAACCGACUGUAUGUCGGUCUUAUUUUGAUAUUUGGUUUGCCGGUUUUCAAGUCUGUAAUUUUGUUUAGAAUGUAGAAUUGAUUGUUCUCCUAUCAAGUCUUUUGCAAUUGCAACUUUUGCUGAAUGAGUCACAACUUUCCAGUGGAGAAAAUGGCUCGCUAUGAUAUUUGAAAGCCCCAAAUUUCGCUGACAUGGUUAAACGAUUUUAUUUUCCAGCGUUUGCAAUUUAAUUCAACUUCAAUAUUUCUAUAUUGUCUUCCUGUUAAUGAUUAAUUUCUUUGUGUCGUGUCGACUACCUACGUUUUCUACCCCCACCCCCACAUUUCCACAUUAAAGAAAUUGUUAUCUGACGAUUCGACAAUAUUAAGAUUGUUUUCCAACUAAAUCAAUUGUGUAACUUAACGAUGUUUUGAGUAAUUCGAAAACAUAUCUUACAUUUGCAGUGACGUGAUAUUAAAGAUUACAAUAUCAUCGAUGGAACAAGGUGGAGCAAUUUAUUUAUCGAACAAAUAGCCAACAUAUGGAUAGAACAAAAAAACCGACGUUAUGUCAUGUGUACAUUUUGUAAAACUCAAAAUGGAAUGAGGAUUUUCGUGAGGAAAUCGCUGUACUUUCAAUUUGAAAUUGAGGAUUAUCUUGAUUGUAUCAUACCAGGCCCACAAAAAACGCACAGGGUGAUUUUGUUUCGGUCGAAUUGAAAGACUUCAAUAACAAUAAGCCUACAUUCGUUUUUAUAUUUAAUAUCAGAAAUAUUAAAGUUAUAUAUCAUAUUAAUAAUGGUAUUUAAGUUGUAAGCCUAUAAGCAUGCGUAGUCUUCUCAACAUUAAUAUGAUAUACAUGUCCCUUGGAUCCUCCUCUGUUCUUAAGAUAUCGAAGAAUACUUUUGUAAUGUUGUAAUAUUGUGUAAACAGUAUUUUGUAUAUUAUUAUAUAAUAUCCAAGGUCACAAUGUUAUUUUGCAGAUAGAACACCUUUUCCUAUUAGUUCCUCUCUUUCUGGAACCGCAGUGCCUAUCUAAAGCCAUCACGAGCAUUGACGUAAUCCUAUCUGUAGGUUAGUGUUUCUAUUUAAAAAUCCACUCAAACAAUUGAAAACGCAGUCUUUUUUAUAUUUUGUGGCUUUACUGUAGAAUCAAUCUUGCUUAAUUUUCACCACUAGUUGGCCAUGUGAUCGUGUUAUGUUCCUGCUACACUAGGUAGGGGACGGGGUUGCCCACAAGAGGGGGUGGGGUGAGGACGAGGGGUGCGAAUUUGAGACAUUUCCGCAUUUAGUCAGCUGGGCUAGGCCCUAUAAUAGGCCUACAGGGGUGUUCAUUUUAGAAGAUCCUGAACAUAUAUAAUGGAUCGACCUAUUAUAUUUUUUAGAUUAGGUCUUCAGAGUUUUUUUUAUCUUUAUAUAAAUUAAAAUAUUAUUACAAUACAUUUCUUCAUAGUUUUGGAUGAAUCACCCAAAAAUGUUUUAUUGCAUAGAUAAAUUGUAUCCUUUUGAUUUUAUACCCCAUAAAAAAACUAUAGAAUAUGCAUGGAGGUCCAUAUCUAUGAGUUGCCUACUAAGUAGAUUAAUACUUUGGAAUGUGUUUUGGUGCAUGGUAAUGGUAGACUGGCAUAAUGCUAGAGUGACGAGCAGAGGGGCUUGUAAUUUAGUGAAAAUUGAUGUCCUUUGUGGCCACUUGCAGUGAAGUCACUCACACAUAGAGCCAUAGAUUGUGUAAACUAUACUGAACAAAAAUAUAAACGCAACAUGUAAAGUGUUGUUCCCAUGAGCUGAAAUAAAAGAUCCCAGAAAUGUUCCAUACGCCCAAAAAGCUUAUUUCUCUCAAAUUCUGUGCACAAAUUUGUUUACAUCCCUGUUAGUGAGCAAGAUAAUCUAUCCACCUGACAGAUGUGGCAUAUCAAGAAGCUGACUAAACAGCAGGAUCAUUACACAGGUGCACUUUGUGCUGGGGACAAUAAAAGGCCACUCUAAAAUUGACAGUUUUGUCACAACACAAUGCCACAGAUGUCUCAAGUUUUGAGGGAGCGUGCAAUUGGUAUUCUGACUGCAGGAAUGUCCACCAGAGCUGUUGCCAGAGAAUUGAAUGUUCAUUUCUCUACCAUAAGGCACCUCCAAUGUCGUUUUAGAGAAUUUGGCAGUACGUCCAACCAGCCUCACAACCGCAGACCAAGUCUAAACACACCAGCCCAGCACCUCCACAUCCGGCUUUUAAACCUGCAGGAUCGUCCGAGACCAGCCACCCUGACAGCUGCAGAAACUGAGCAGUAUUUCUGUCAGUAAUAAAGCCCUUUCGUGGGGGGAAAUCUCAUUCUGAUUGGCUGGGCCUGGCUCCCAAGUGGGUGGGCCUAUGCCCACCCAUGACUACGUCCCUGCCCAGAAAUCCAUAGAUUAGGGCCUAGUACAUUUAUUUCAAUUGACUGAUUUCCUCAUAUGAACUGUAACUCAGUGAAAUUGUUGCAUGUAGCGUUUAUAUUUUUGUUCAGUGCAUUCGGAAAGUAUUCAGACCCCUUGACUUUUUCCACAUUUUGUUACGUUACAGCCUUAUUCUAAAAUGGAUUAAAAAUAUACAAAUCCUCAUCAAUCUACACACACAAUACCCCAUAAUAACAAAGCAAAAACAGGUUUUUAGUCAUUUUUAACACAUUUAUAAAAAAUUAAAAACGGAAAUAUCACAUUUACAUAAGUAUUCAGACCCUUUACUCAGUACUUUGUUGAAGCACCUUUGGCAGCGAUUACAGCCUCGAGUCUUCUUGGGUAUGACGCUACAAGCUUGGCACACCUGUAUUUGGGGAGUUUCUCCCAUUCUUCUUUGCAGAACCUCUCACGCUCUGUCAGGUUGGACAGGGAGUGUCGCUGCUCAGCUAUUUUCAGAUCUCUCCAGAGAUGUUCGAUCAGGUUCAAGUCCGGGCUCUGGCUGGACCACUCAAGGACAUUCAGAGACUUGUCCCAAAGCCACUCCUGCGUUGUCUUGGCUGUGUGCUUAGGGUCGUUGUCCUGUUGGAAGGUGAACCUUCGCCCAGUCUGCGGUCCUGAGCGCUCUGAAGCAGGUUUUCAUCAAGGAUCUGUGCUUUCUCCGUUCAUCUUUCCCUCGAUCCUGACUAGUCUCCCAGUCCCAGCCACUGAAAAACAUCCCCACAGCAUGAUGCUGCCACCACCAUGCUUCACAGUAGGGAUGGUGCCAGAUUUCCUCCAGACAUGAUGCUUGGCAUUCAGGCCAAAGAGUUCAAUCUUGAUUUUAUCAGACCAGAGAAUCUUGUUUCUCAUUGUCUGAGAGUCCUUUAGGUGCCCUUUGACAAACUCCAAGCAGGCUGUAAUGUGGCUUUUACUGAGGAGUGGCUUCCAUCUGGUCACUCUACCAUAAAGGCCUGAUUGGUGGAGUGCUGCAUAGAUGGUUGUCCUUUUGGAAGGUUCUCCCAUCUCCAUAGAGGAACUCUGGAGCUCUAUCAGAGUGACCAUCAGGUUCUUGGUCACCUCCCUGACCAAGGCCCUUCUCCCCCAAUUGCUCAGUUUAGGCUGGCGGCCAGCUCUAGGAAGAGUCUUGGUGGUUCCAAACUUCUUCCAUUUAAGAAUGAUGGAGGCCACUGUGUUCUUGGGGACCUUCAAUACUGCAGACAUUUUUUGGUACCCUUCCUCAAAUCUGUGCCUCGACACAAUCCUGUCUCAGAGCUCUACGGACAAUUCCUUCGACCUCAUGGCUUGGUUUUUGCUCUGACAUCCACUGUCAACUGUGGGACCUUAUAUAGACAGGUGUGUGCCUUUUCUAAAUCAUGUCCAAUCAAUUGAAUUUACUACAGGUGGGCUCCAAUCAAGUUGUAGAAACAUCUCAAGGAUGAUCAAUGGAAACAGGAUGCACCUGAGCUCAAUUUCGAGUCUCGUAGCAAAGGAUCUGAAUACUUAUGUAAAUAAGGUAUUUUUUAUUUGUUUUAUUUUUUACAUUAGCAAAAAUUUCUAAAAACCCUGUUUUUGCUUUGUCAUUAUGGGGUAUUGUGUGUAGAUUAAUGAGGAUUUCUUUUUAUUUAAUCAAUUUUAGAAUAAGGCUGUAAAGUAACAAAAUGUGGGAAGGGGUCUGAAUACUUUCUGAAUGCACUGUAUGCAUGAACUAAUGUUGAUAAAAUGGGGAGUCAUGCAGGCCUUUGCCAGGAACAUUGGGUAGAAUCUGGAAGUGUAUGUUCAUGGCUCAAAUUGAUAAUUUGUGUCAUGUGAAGGGGUGUCUGUGUGUAAGGAGUUGUUUGAUAGUCAGAUUGUACACAUCGAAGGGAUAAAUAACAUCUAUGUUAAAUUCAAACUUUAAGUUUGAUGUUUGAAUUUUUAAAUUAUGCUUUCCUUGUCUGUUAGACAUUUGUGAGGGGCACGAGUUAGUUGUACUAUUAGUUGAACUAAUAAAAGUAUGUAUUUUCUGUUUAAAUUAAGUUGAUUUAUAUAGCAGAUGUGAGUUGGGCUGUCCAAGACAUAGUCACAGGAUUAUUGCUCCCAGUAUAAUUGCGGAAAAUAAAUGGUGACCGUACACAUGGUUUUGCUGUUUGUUAAACUGAAUUGUAUUCAUUUCAUAGUACAAUUUAGGAAUUUAAAUGGACAUCAAAAUGAAAAUCUAAUUGGGAACAAGGCUCCAUUUACACAUUUUAUACUGAACAAAAAUAUGAACGCAACAUGCAACAAUUUCAAAGAUUUUACUGAGUUACAGUUCAAAUAAGGAAAUCAGUCAAUUGAAAUAAAUUCAUUAGGCCCUAAUCUGGAUUUCACUUUACUGGGAAUAAAGAAAUGCAUCUGUUGGUCACAGAUACCUUUUAAAAAUAAAAGUAGGGGCAUGGUUUAGAAAAUAGUUAGUAUCUGGUGUGACCACCAUUCCUUCCCAUAGAGUUGAUCAGGCUGUUGAUUGUGGCCUGUGGAAUGUUGUCCCAAUCCUCUUCAAUGGCUGUGCGAAGUUGCUGAAUAUUGGCGGGAACUGGAACCCGCUGUCGUACACGUCGAUCCAGAGCAUCCCAAAUAUGCUCAAUGGGUGACAUGUCUGAGUAUGCAGGUCAUGGAAGAACUGGGACAUUUUCAGCUUCCAGGAAUGUCCUUGCGACAUGGGGCCGUGCAUUAUCAUGCUGAAACAUGAGGUGAUGGCGGUGGAUGAAUGGCACGCAAUGGGCCUCAGGAUCUCGUUACGGUAUCUCUGCAUUCAAAUUGCCAUCGAUAAAAUGCAAUGGUGUUCAUUGUCCGUAGCUUAUGCCUGCCCAUACCAUAACCCCACCGCCCCCAUGGGGCACUCUGUACACAACAUGGUCAUCAGCGGUUGUGAGGCCGGUUGGACAUACUGCCAAAUUCUCUAAAACGGCGUUGGAAGCGGCUUAUGAUGGAGAAAUUAACAUUAAAUUAUCUGGGAACAACUCUGGUGGACAUUCCUGCAGUCAGCAUGCCAAUUGCACCCUCCCUCAACUUGAGACAUCUGUGACAUUGUGUUGUGUGACAAAGCUGCACAUUUUAGAGUGGCCUUUUAUUGUCCCCAGCACAAGGUGCACCUGUGUAAUGAUCAUGCUGUUUAAUCAGCUUCUUGAUAUGCCACCCCUGUCCGGUGGAUGGAUUAUCUUGGCAAAGCAGAAAUGCUCACUAACGGGGAUGUAAAAAAUGUGUGCACAAAAUUUGAGAGAAAUAAGCUUUUUGUGCGAAUGAAACAUUUCAGGGAUCUUUUAUUUCAGCUCAUGAAACAUUUUCAGCUCAUGAAACUUUACAUGUUGUGCUUAUAUUUUUGUUCAUUGUACAUUAUGGUCCGAGGUCGAUUCAAAUCACAUGCAUAGUCAAAUUGAACAGACGGGAAUGAUUAAAUGGCUCUGAUCGCUCUUUCUCUUUGUGAAAAUUGCUCUCGCUCUCAGUGGUUAGGUGCACCCUCCUGUCUGCGUGGAUCCUUUGCCUUCUAUAAGUCAGUGAGCUGUGGGGCCUUGGCCGGGGUCCCUGCACUGGUCUGGAAAUUGGGGGAGUUCUACUAUGUCCGCUGUGGCCCCCAGGAACCUGUGUGCGUAGCUGAGGUACGACCCAUAGCUCCAUUAGUUAGCGCAUGAUACUUGCCAUACCAGGGGUGUAUUCAGGGUGGUGAAAUGUGCAAAACGUUGCAGAUGGAUACAUAAUAUUUGUUCUUCACUAAGGAUUUCUACCUGAUUUUGAACAUUCUGUAACAUUGCAACCUCCUAAACAAGGCCCAGAGUUUUGAGUUUCAUUCCUUCUUGUGUCACAUGUACUGAUUACGUAUUUAUUGUAAGUCGCUCUGGAUAAAAGCAUCUGCUAAAUAACUAUGGAUUUCUUAUUUCAGGUGACUUUACUGUGGGAGGACCAGGCCCAGCACCAUCUGCUGGCCAGCUCCACACUCUACUUCCUCCCUGAGGAUACUCCCAAGGGCAGGACCAGAGAGCAUGGAGAGGUGAGGGGGGUGGCCACUGAGCUCUAUAAUAUAGACAUAAUUUGGGGGCAACCAAGGGGUGUGGGUCUGGUGUUUCCUCGCAAGGUUUCUUUUUUUGGUUCUGAUAGAUUCAUUGAAAAUAUUGAUUUUUGUAGGAAGAAUCAAUGUAUAUUGUUUUUCAUCACUUAGGAGUUUUCAAUCAUUUUCAUAACUGCUAUACAAUUCUGAAAACUAUAUGCAUUUUCUAGUCUACAUUACUGUAAACACUGAAUGUGGGUGUCAUUUUCUCUGUUCAACGUAGAAGUACUUAGAAUCACACAAAAUUACAGUCCAUAUCUGUCAUUGCUAGACUAAUAUGUCAUACACAGCAGAACUCAUGAAAGGACAUGCUGUACUGUGCAAGAUCAUUUCUUGCUUAGUACAAAUUUGGCUUGGGUUGAUGUAAUAAUGGAUUGUGUGUGCCUGGCAUUUAGUCUACUUUAACCACAAGUGUUUAACAAUCUCAAUUUCCAAAUGGUUGACUGAUAACUUUAAGCAGGAAUCCUUAGAUUGAUGUCACUUCUCCCCUUAUUCAAGUAAAAAAUGUGUUAUUAACUUGCACAAAAAAUGUGUUAUUAACUUGCAUUUUCACGCAAGUCGGUUUUUAAAACCGUACGUUUUAAUAGUGCACAUGCACAAGUAUGGCAAAGACUAGUUACAUGAGAUGUAUUUAUUUUCCCGGGGGUUGUUGCUGUAUUGUAAAUCAUGAGUUGUUAUGAAUCCCAGAUUUUCCUAAGUUGUCUCCUAUUUCACUACAGUCCUGUGUUAAUAACAAAUGGGUCUGGGAGGAGUAGGAGGUCUCUGAUGGCUCCUCAUUUGCCACAUGCUAUUGGCACUCUGUCUUAUAUCAUGUGAAGUAUUUUCUUGAUUCAUCAAAUGUUUGUUGGUGGCCCUUUCUUUUAGGGUAUGCACCAAUUUAGGGAGUGUGGCUUUUAAAUGGUGAUUGAAGGGUGUGUGUGUGUGUUCCUCAGGAUGAGGUGUUGGCCGUCUCGAAGAAGAUAGUGGUGCGGGUGGAGGAUCUGGUGAGGUGGACCUGUUCUGAACCUACAGGGUGGAAAGGAGGAAGCCAGAAGUCCAGUGCGACCAACAGUCAUCACAAACCUACCCCCAUCAUUACCAAUGGACCCCCAGCAUCACUCAAAGAGAAGGCUGAGAGUGAGCGUCUGGGGGUCAAGGUGCUCAGCUACCCCCAGUAUUGCCGCUUCCGCUCCCUGCAGAGACGCAUUCAGGACGGGGUGGUGUUGGGGCUGCAGGAUCCCCAUCUGCUUGCCCUGGGGGGGAUCAGGGUGGCCCAACACAACACCCGGGUCCUCUACUGCAGGGACACUUUCAACCACCCCACCCUGGAUAGCAACACCAGUGUCUGGACACAGCUGGGUGAGUGGCUGGCUGGGGGAACUUGAUCUCUCUAUGUUGAUGUACUGUAAAUGUGGCCAUUGGCCAAAGUGAUUUGAUUUUAUAAGCCUAAUUGGGCAAUGGAAUCUAAAAUUUGAUGACAAGACAUUUUUAUGAAUUCAUGCAACCUCAAACUAUUAUCUUAUUGACCGACACAUUUACUGUAUGCUGUGGACAUAAUGUGCUGAAGUUAUGGGAUAUACAAAAAUACAAUAUCUUGUGUAUUUUUGAGAGGCACGUGCUUCUCUUGUUAUUUGGAAUUAGGAUUAAAUGUAUCUCUCUCGUUCCCAGGAUGCACCUCUCUCAGCUUGAAGGGGCGACCCCUCAAGAGAAGAGGCAGGCCAGAAGACCAGAAAGCUGUGGAGCCACCAGCCCUCAACCAAUCAGAGUCCUGGAUAGAAAGAAUGAAGGUACAUGUUGUUUUGUUCUAUAAAGUUUUGAUAUGGCUACAUACCAACUUCUUCCAGUUACUGUCAGAUGUCUUAUUAUUCAUCUCAUAUUCAUUUAGAAAUUACUUUAUAUCCUAGUAAUUACCUUUAGGUUUCUUUGUUAUGAAGUGCAUCACAACACACUAUUUGUGCAAUUACUAUUCUUAGAAAUGAAAAUUCCACAUAAUUUCCUAAUGGACACCAACUGAAAUGGGACUGUAACAGAAAAUAAAUGGGACUGUACAGCAUUACCACAUGUAGUAUGGUUCUAACAUUAUGUAUUCUGUAGGAGAAUGUGAUGGGCAGUGUGGAGAUGCAAUGUGAGGGGGGCUGGCUCCUCCACCCUGAGGAGCAGAUGUUCCUGGAUCAACUCUACUGCUACAUGGAGCACUGCGGCUCACCCAUCAGCAAGGUGCCCAACCUUGGCUUCAAGAAGAGUGAGUCACUCACUGAUGACUUCAUCAACAACCAUUAAUACUCAUACCAAAGGCUUUGAAUACAAAGGGUCCUUUGUUGUACUUUCAGUUUGAUGCGUUCUCCCUACAGAACUAAAGAAAAUGUUCCCACCAUUUGGUUAUGUUUUUGAACAAGCUGUAUAUCUGUCAGUGUUGUAAACCAGACAGUCAAGGUCACAGCUCUUAGGACCUAUGGGAUGCUUUAACACUCUUAUCUGUGUGUGUCCACAGUUGACCUGUUUGUCAUGUACUCUGUAGUCAAACGGCUGGGGGGCCAUGAGAGGGUGAGUAGUCAUUCUUUAUUACAUUUACAUUUUAGUCAUUUAGCAGACGCUCUUAUCCAGAGCGACUUACAGGAGCAAUUAGGGUUAAGUGCCUUGCAUCAGAUUCUUCACCUAGUCGGCUCGGGGAUUAGAACCAGCGACCUUUCGGUUACUGGCACAACGCUCUUAACCACUAAGCUACCUGCCGCAUCAUCCACAUAUCUUAUACAAUAGUGGAUAGAUCGCAAAAUCUGAGCCAAUUACUUAGAACUGUUUAUGAAAAGUUAAUUGUCUAAAAAAUUAUUUAAAACCCUUUACAAUCUCUCCUGUAGGUGACGUCCCAGCGUCUGUGGAAGAAAGUGUAUAAUGAACUAGGAGGAUGCCCGGGCAGCACCAGCGCUGCCACCUGCACAAGGAGGCACUAUGAAAGGUAAGGCAGGAACACUGCUGGUGCCCCACCUAAAAAAGGCAACCAUGUUCAUAACUAAAGUGCACAACUAUUACCCAGGCUUCAGCCUAUUAAUCAAAAAGUAAUAAAAAGAUUAUAGUUCUCUAGAAUGAUGCCGUUAAUGUACUUGAUGGAAAUCCCCGGCAGUUUAGGCUUCUUGUCCUUGGUGUUUCCUUACAAAACUUGUUUUUCUUUCUGGAACUUUUGGCUUUGUGUGUUUCCCUCAGGCUGAUUCUUCCUUUCGUGGAGCACAUAAACGGAGGUGGUGCAGAACUCAAACUCCCAGCAGCCUCAGGGCCUACCCGGGUUAGGGGGAUGAGUGGGAGGAGACCACUGGUGAAGAGGAGAGGAGCAGAGGCCAACCAGGAGAAGACUGUAACCCCUACCCCUCCUCCAGUGAGUGUCUGUCUGCACAUACAGUUCAUAAUUUUUGACUUGCUCAGUACAUGUCAGUCAUUUGAUAUUUAAUAUGCAGUCAUCGCUCAUUAUGUCUUGAUCUGAAUCUGAUGUAAAUUAAUGUAUGAGUGUAUUCUAUGACGUUAUAGAGACUGAACUGAGAUAAUUCCUCAUGUAUGGCAUCUCUCUCUCACUAGACUAUUUCUCAAGACGGUGUGGUGGUAGUGAAGAGAGGCCGUGGUAGACCUCCAGGCAAAAAGAACCAGGUCAAACUCCUAGCCUCCAAGGCCAGUCCAGUAGUCCUGUCUCCCCCAGCUAAACCCAGCCUGGACCUGGGAGCCCAGCCCCCCCUCCAGGCCCCCUCUCUCGAGUCCCUGUCUGUGUUCCAGGGGCUAAACCUGGCCAACCUGCCACUAACCCCAGACCUGUCCCCCAUGUCUGCCCCCUUCCUCCCCCUCCUGCCCAAAACUGAGAGGGAGGUCAAGAUGGAGAACGGGGAUACUCCAGAACCAUCACCCACUCUGUCUCCUGCCACUUUCUUGCCUGCUCUCCCCAGGCUCCACACAGGGGGGUCCUUCGGAGGGUUCAGCCCCACUAAAGGCCUCUGUACCCUGGAUCUCUUUAGGAGCCGACUGGGCCUCACUAGCCUGGACACCCCUGGUCUAACCCCCCAGGACCAUGCCUCCCACCAGCCCUCCAGCCUUUACCUCCAGGCCAAGGCAGGGAGCCCAAAUGCCACCCUUCCCAAUGGGAACCAGCCCUAUCCCCACCCCCAGUCUCACCACCAGUCCCACCACCAGUGCUGGGGGUGCGGGCUGGAUGAGGAAGCCCAGAGGAGGGGCAGCAGCACCAGGGAGGGCCAUACCAGCAGACCUACCCUGCCCCCUCUCCGGGUCCUCCCCCUGGAUCUGGACUGCAGCCUGCAGGUGCGCCAGCUGAUGCGUACGCGGCUGGGCUCGGCCCAGCUCCACUCUUUCACCAAGCGGCUGUCGGAGGUCUUAGCCCAGGACCUGAGUAGCAAGCCACAUCUGCCCGUCACCCCUCCCCCAGAGCCGGCCCUGCCCCUCAACCUCAGCAAGCGCUCCACCACCAAAAGAUCUGCCUUUGAUGAAACUGACUCCAGGAUAUCUUCAGGGGAUCAGGAUAAUGGUGACUCCACACUCCCCUUAGCUAAAAGGCGUAGAGUGGAGUCGUGUGAUGAGGCUGAGGACCUGAGCUCACCCAGCAGGGCCAGGGCUUUCCUCCUGUAGCUGCCCCAGCACACCACAACUACACCCCCUGGAGAACCAGGGCAGGACAUUUGACUCUGAGCCAGCAAUCCAGGUGAAGGUGGAAGAGGACCUGAGGGAGAGCAGCUUGGUGGAGCUUGAGGAAGACUGCUCUGUAAGGACAGAGCAGGUGAAAGUGGAGGAGGGAGAAACUGUAAAGAUGGAGGAGGAUGGGGAAGAAGAGAAGAUGGAGGUUGAAACUGUUAAAAUUGAGGAUGGUGUACAAGCGCAAUCAGGGAAAGAUGAAGGAGAAGAGGUGGAGGGGAGGAAACUGGAGUGGAUAGAAAAAUAG